ACCAGUGUACAAGCCUAUAUGUGUCUCAUUUACUGAAAACAGGCGCGCGCACACACCCACUCUUUCUUUCUCUCCCCCUCUCUCUCGUGUGUGGCGCGCGGGCGGGUGCGCGCGCGUGUAAGAGAAAGAGAGAGAGAGGGAGAGAAAGAGGGAGAGAGAGAGAAAUCUGUCAAUUUCUGAUGUAGGUCACGUGACCGUGGCCUCUCUUGGAAUGGAUGGAGAUGAAUUUCCACGUCAGCCUACGUCUCAAAAUUUCUGCCUCGCGAACGCGGCUUCAAAGGGAGGGCGAGUGCAGCGAGCGCGCGCGCUCGCGAACCAUGUUGAGGACGCUGCUGUGCACGGCUCUCGCCAGCCCGAGCUAAGAAAACAGCACCACCCCUCUCCCUUCCCGAGCCCCCAAAUGAUGGAUUUCGACGAGAGAGUUGCCGUCGGUUCCAACAUGUAUCUGCCCAGUUGUACGUACUACGUACCGGGCGCAGAUUUCCCCACCUUGCCAUCGUUCCUCUCGCAGAGCCCGUCUUCACGCCCCGUGCCGUACUCUUACUCGUCCAACCUGCCGCAGGUCCAGCCGGUGAGGGAGGUGACGUUCCGGGACUAUGCGUUUGACGCGCCCGGAAAGUGGCCUCACCGGGCGCCGCUGUCUCAAUGCUACACGGGGGAGGAUGUGGUGCACCGGGAAUGCUUGCCAGCCUCGACCGGUGUUGGGGAAAUGCUAGCAAAGAACAGCUCCACUGUGUACCACCACCACCACCACCACCCUACGUCUGGCUCGUCGUCGUCGUCAACCUUCUACGGUAGCAUAGGGAGGAAUGGCGUGCUCCCACAAGCCUUCGAUCAGUUCUUCGACACCGCCUAUGGCAACUUGGAAAACGCGCCGGGUGAAGAGUACACGGCGGUAAGCAAGCAACAGCAACAACAGCCGUCCAGCAAGCAGCAGAGCGCCGCGCCGGCACCGGCACCGGAGCAGGACGCUGAGGGGAAGGAGCGAGGCGAGACCAGCAGCCCGGAGUCCUCUUCCGGCAACAACGAGGAAAAGAAGAGCGGGGCGAGCAAUACACCCAGAGUUCGGAAGAAACGAUGCCCAUACACCAAAUACCAAAUCCGCGAGCUGGAGAGAGAGUUCUUCUUCAGUGUGUACAUCAACAAAGAGAAAAGGCUUCAGCUCUCCAGAAUGCUUAACCUGACCGACCGUCAGGUUAAAAUCUGGUUUCAGAACAGACGCAUGAAGGAGAAGAAACUGAACCGGGACCGUUUACAGUACUACACGACAAACCCUUUGUUAUAGGACACCUGAACAACACAGCCUAAAAAGUGGCGCAAUAACACGCGCGUUAACAAUGAAGCGAUAACGAUGAUCAGCGGUUAAUUUCAAGUUCGAGGACGUCGACGUUCGCUUUGACUUGAUGCAAUGACAGUGAGCAUGAGCCACGUUGUCUACGGGUUAUUUAGUGAAUGCAUAUGUUGCUCGUUUUUAAGGUCAGCAGUUUUAUUGUGUUUUGAAAAGCUCACGGAUGGACAGCUGCCUCUUGCAUUGUGCUAGCGUUUGUGUUGAAACCUAAAACAGAGUUCUUGUCUAAAUUAUUUCUAAUUUGCUUUUCAAAUUUGCUGAUUCAAAAAAAUGUACUGUUUGGAAAUCUUUGGAGAGUCAUGUGUUUGAGGUGGGUGGUUGUGUUGGUGUGUAAGCGUCUUUAAGGCUAAAGAAUUGGUGUGACCAAACAGAAAGUCACAAGGAACUGUGAUAUUGACUUCUCUCUGCUUGUAAUGCUAUUUAUUAAUUGCUACACUGUUGUAGUGAUUUUUUUCUUGUUCCAUAUGCAUAGGAAAAAAAAACUAAAAAUCCGGGGGACUCUUGAAGCAAUAACGUUUCUAACCCGCACUUACAGUCAACGCAGUUGAGCUGUUAGUAGAACAAUUUUCUUGUUGGUCAACAAAUGUUUGCAAAGUAAUAAAAAUUCCGAAAUAAGGACAACAGUCGACGAUCGAGAGGAUAAGAAAAAGACUUAAUGCUCUCUCCAAAGCAAUGCAGACUGUAGAACCUUCUCUUGUGGACUUCUUUUUGGAGAGGUCUGAAAAAUGUCUUCUUUAUUGCAGCUAGACCUACUUUAUAAAAUCACAUUUUCACCCAAA